ACAGCAUUGCCAUGGCGACCAGUCUGGUGCGGACAGACCUGCAUAUAAAAAGAUGCUCUCCUCCAAAACUACUGAUCAUAAACGUCUCCACCAGAUGCUACCAACAUUUUCAGCUUUUGUGAAAGUUGCUGAAACUUAAGUGUUGGAUGGUUAAAAUGAAAGUUGUCUGAACUUUCCCGUCGAGGCCAGGGCAGAGUUGGUAGCGGGAAUAAGAAGCAGAGUUGGAGCUCUUCACCCUACUCCGUGGUCCCUUCUGCUCAGUGGUGCUGAUGAGAGAGGAUUUGAGUCGCUACUUCACCCCGCCCCGCCCCCAGUGAGAGAGCAGGGAUGACAGUGAUGCAAGGCAUGCUUGUAAAAGCCUGCAGCUUGUCCAGACACUGCCGACCGGACCAGUUAGGACUUACAACUCUCCAUCUGUUCUCCACCAUUCAACUGCGCUGAGUUUGCUUUGAGGGGCGUUUUGAACAAGAGACACCCUCAAACUGCUUCUUUUUUGUCUUUGUUUUACAUUUCUUCAAUGAAUUUGACUGUAACAAAAACUCGUAGUUGUCCAUUCUUCCAAAUGCUUCGCCUGCCAGUCUCGCUUUGCAUGUGGGUAUAGUCGGUGGUUUCAGCCUGCGUCCUGGUCUACGGGGAAAGGUUGCAUAGGGAUUUGAUUAUUUUAUUUUUAUUUUAAUGUUUUAAGAAAUUCCUCUUUAUUUUUUGGAAGCACAUCCACGGUUUUUCCCCCCACAAUGGCUGACGCUAACGCAGAAUGCAAUAUCAAGGUGUUGUGUCGUUUUCGUCCACUGAACAAGUCCGAAAUUGUCCGUGGAGAUAAGUUCAUCCCAAUAUUUCAAGGAGAGGACACUGUCAUCCUUGGGGGGAGGACCUACGUGUUUGACCAGGUGUUCCCCACCAACACCACCCAGGAACAGGUCUACAACACUUGUGCCAAGCAGAUUGUCAAAGAUGUACUUGGUGGAUACAAUGGGACUAUAUUUGCCUAUGGGCAGACUUCCUCUGGAAAGACACACACCAUGGAGGGGAACCUUCAUGAUCCCCAGGGAAUGGGCAUCAUUCCCCGGAUUGCUGAGGACAUAUUUGAACACAUAUUUGCAAUGGAUGAGAACCUAGAAUUCCAUAUAAAGGUAUCCUACUUUGAGAUCUACAUGGAUAAAAUUCGGGACCUGCUGGAUGUGACAAAAACCAAUCUGUCAGUGCACGAAGACAAAAACAGAGUUCCCUAUGUAAAGGGCUGUACUGAGCGCUUUGUCACAAGUCCUGAUGAAGUGAUGGAUGUGAUAGAUGAAGGGAAGGCCAAUCGUCACGUUGCUGUCACCAACAUGAAUGAACACAGUUCCCGCAGUCACAGCAUCUUCCUGUUAAACAUCAAACAGGAAAAUGUGGAGACAGAGCAGAAGUUGAGUGGGAAGCUGUACCUUGUCGACCUAGCGGGAAGUGAGAAGGUCAGUAAGACAGGUGCAGAGGGAGCUGUGCUGGAUGAGGCCAAGAACAUCAACAAGUCUCUAUCGGCCCUGGGGAAUGUCAUCUCAGCACUGGCCGAGGGAACGAAAUCCCACGUGCCGUACCGUGACAGCAAAAUGACUCGCAUCUUACAGGACUCACUGGGGGGGAACUGUCGCACUACCAUGUUCAUCUGUUGCUCUCCCUCCAGUUACAACGAUGCAGAGACCAAAUCCACGUUGAUGUUUGGCCAAAGAGCCAAGACCAUUAGAAAUACUGUAUCAGUAAACCUGGAGCUCACAGCAGAGCAGUGGAAGAAGAAGUAUGAAAAGGAAAAGGAGAAGAACAGGUCAAUGAAGGAGACUAUUCAGAGACUCGAGGCUGAGCUGAACCGCUGGAAGAAUGGUGAAGCUGUUGUCGUGUUAGAGCAGCUGAGAGAAGGAUCGGAGGACGUUCCCCUGGUGCCUACUGAAUCUGAGGAACCAAUUCACGACAUCUGCAGUCCCUGCACCCCGUGCACCCCCUGCACCCCCUGCUCUGUUGCCUCCUCUAUUGUUGUGCACAUCUCUGAGGAGGAGCGUCAGAAGUAUGAGGAGGAGAUCCGAAAGCUUUACAAACAGCUUGAUGAUAAGGAUGACGAGAUCAACCACCAGAGCCAGAUGGUGGAGAAGCUGAAGGAGCAGAUGCUCGACCAAGAGGAGCUUCUAGCAUCAUCCAGGGGUGACAGCGAGAGGGUGCAGUCAGAGCUCGGCAGGCUGCAGACAGAGAAUGAGUGUGCUAAAGCAGAGGUGAAGGAGGUGUUGCAGGCCCUGGAGGAGCUGGCAGUUAACUAUGACCAGAAGAGCCUAGAGGUCGAGGAGAAGAGCAUGCAGAACAAGCUGCUGGCUGAAGAGCUUGCAAAGAAAAUGGCUCACCUUAUGGCAUUGGAGGCAGAGCUGUCCCGUAUCCAGGAAGUAAGCAGCCACCAGAGGAAACGCAUCGCUGAGAUUCUCAACGGGCUGAUGAGGGACCUGAGUGAGUUCAGUACCAUCGUCGGGAACCGGGACAUCAAGCUGCCCAUGGAGAUCACUGGUGCGAUCGAGGAGGAGUUCACAGUGGCUCGCCUCUACAUCAGCAAGAUCAAGUCGGAGGUGAAGUCUAUGGUGAAGCGCUGCCGUCACCUGGAUAACCUUCAGAUGGAGUGUCACCGCAAGAUGGAGGAGACUGGAAGAGAGCUGUCCUCGUGUCAUCUCCUCAUUUCACAGCAUGAGGUGAAGAUCCGCUCUCUAACGGACUACAUGCAGAAUGUGGAGCUGAAGAAGAGACAGCUGGAGGACAGCUACGACUCUCUGAGCGAGGAGCUGGCCAAACUCCAAGCUCAAGAGACCAUGUCACAGGUGGCCAUGGGAGAGAAUCACACGUCUAUCCAGGAAUACUGUGAUAUAAAGAGAGCUCUGGAGCAGCAGAUGGAGUCACACCGUGAGACGCACAGCAAACAGCUUGGCCGCCUGCGAGACGAGAUCAAUGAAAAGCAGAAGAUCAUCGACGACUUAACUGACUGUAACCAGAAACAGCAGCUGGAGUUGGAGCAACUGCACAGCAACUUUGAACGUCUCAGGAGCCAAGAGCAUCACAAGAGCCGGCAGCUGGAGGAACUGACAUUUCUCCAUGAGCGACACGAGCAGUCAAAGCAGGAUCUCAAAGGGCUGGAAGAGACUGUUGCUCGUGAACUCCACACCCUCCACAACCUCCGCAAGCUAUUUGUUCAAGACCUCACGGCUCGAGUUAGAAAAAGUGCAGAAAUGGAGCCUGAUGAAAGUGGGGGAUAUAUCACCCAGAAACAGAAGAUUUCCUUUCUUGAAAACAACCUGGAGCAGCUUACAAAAGUUCACAAACAGCUGGUGCGUGACAAUGCAGAUCUUCGCUGUGAGCUUCCAAAACUGGAGAAACGUCUUCGGUCUACAGCUGAGCGAGUUAAGGCGCUGGAGGGCGCACUGAAGGAGGCGAAGGAAGGGGCCAUGAAGGACCGGCGCCGCUACCAGCAGGAGGUGGAGCGAAUCAAAGAUGUGAUGAGGGCCCGCAAUCCCUUCCGCCGGCCCCAUGCCGCACAGAUAGCCAAACCCGUGAGACCCGGCCACUACCCAGCGUGCUCUCCCACCAACCCCUUCUUCAUCCGAGGCUACAGCGAUCACCCCAUUGCCUUCUGCAAUGCUGUUUUCCACAAUAGCAACAACCAACAAGCAGCUGCUCCUGCUGCUGCUCCUGCUCCUGCUCCUGCUCCUGCUCCUGCUGCUCCUGCUGCUGCUCCUGCUGCUGCUCCUGCUGCUCCUCCGACACCAGAGAGCGAGCCCCGGUUACCUGAAGCUAACUCCAACCAGAACAGUCCCACCAAACACCCCGACUCCCAAAACUACGAUACACACGACAACGACAUUCAGAACAACAUGUGUGUGAACAACAUGCUUCCAGCUGAAACUGCGAGCCAUGCAGACACCAACACUGCAGAGAUGCUCGAUUCAGAAAAUGGAAACAGCACAGAUAUCAAUGACAACAGCAUGUGUCUGAAUGUCAAUUCUGUGUCCAGAAGUGACGUCUGUCACUUUCAGGACUCAGCCAAACUCUACAGUCUGCAGCCGGAGGCCUCAGCCAGCUAAUAGACCUGAGCAGGCAGACGUUUUUCCGAGGCCUCCUCUGUAAAUCUGCAUGCAGCUGAUCACUGUCCCCCCCUUCCUGUCCCAUCCUCACCUGCUGUAAACAAACCUCUAUCUCUUCUGUGUCCCCACCUCCUCCUCCUCCUCCUCCUCUCUGUCCCUCCUCCUGCCCCUGCUCGCUCCUCUUCAAUCCCCUCUCCUUCCUGUGCUAUGAUGUGGGGUGUAUGUCCGUAUCAGUAGGAACCAUGACAAGCAAUGCAUCUCAAAUGCCUCAACUGGCACCUUGCUGCACCUCCUUCCCCCUGACUUUGAAUACAAAGGGACCACAAAUAGAAAGGUGGGGGAAGAGAAGGUGCAGUGCUGUAGGUGACCACUAGGGAGUGCUGUUUGUCUCAGUGAGGGAAUAACAGUGCACAGAAAAGAAGUACAUCCAACAGUCAGCUUCUCAUUAUUAUUAUUAAACAUAAAUAUGGGUCAAAUCUCCAAGUUAAACUGUGUUAAACAACAUGAAAACAGUGCAAGCCUCAAGCUUACUUCACUACCACUUAUACUUUUGACUGUGCAUGUUGAUUUUUGAUAUUGGGCUUCAGAUUUUCUUGCCCCGGGUUUAAUUAAAUGGAAAAUAAAUGAAAGAGGAAGAGAUCUAGUGAGGCAACAUUAUCAUGAAAUUUUUCAUUUCACUGUAAGUUAGUGUAAAUGGGAAAUUCACCCUUAAAAAUGAGUUGUAUUUAAAGAAUAAGGCUGGUGAUAUUCUGUUUUUUUUUCUUAUUGUCAACAAAUCCUAAAAGAAGAAAGACAAAAACCAACAAUGUGUUAGUGUGUUUCUUAUUACUUUCAGACUUCCACAGCCUCUAAGCUCCAGGCCUAUUCUGUCAUACUGAAGACAUAAAUCUUUUAAAAUGGACCACAAAUAGUUUCAUUUUUUUAAAUAAAUGCUCAGUAAUUUCUGAAAAAUGCUGGACACUGUAGUUUUUCAUAAAUGCAUCUCGAACAGGAGUACACAGUGCAUUUGUUGGGAACUACAGUAUUUUCAGCCGCAGAUAAAUAUGCAUUAGUUGUUUUGUUGAUUAUGUAUAUGUGACACUAAGACAGUGUUUGUGGGGUUGACUCAAAAUAAAUUACAGUGUCUGUGCAAUGAUGUGACUCAUUGAUGUGUUUUUAACAACAAUGGAGCUUUAUAGCACAGAGUAAUAUAAGCUAUAUGUGUCACAAAAAACAUAGACAAUACUUGGUAGUAGGAACAAUAGAAUAUCACCAGACUUAUCCAUUAAAAUGGGUUUUUAAACGUUUGCCAGUUUCAAUCCAAACUCAAAGAAAUAUUACUAAUUUAUGAAUGUUUAUCUUGCAGCCUCCCCCCCAAAAAAGUUACAAUAUAUUACAAUUACAAUAUGAAUGUUUUUAGAAAUAGUCCCAGUUGUCAUAGUAACAAUAGUCAGUAAUUCUUUGUGACAUGUAGACUAGUGUUGCCACGUAGUUAAACACUCACAGAACACACACUACUGAAUCUACGAUACACAUACACACACCUGCAGCAGUUGCAAAAUUGGCCAAGCCUUAAUUAUAGACAAUUUCUCACAUCUGACCUUUUUUUUUUACACGAAUUAAUGAAACAAAAAGUUUAUAUACACAUAAUAUUACUCCUCAAGAAUCUUCAACAGUUUUGUAUUUUGGUAACCUUAGAAGAUAUAUUUCAGAUGCCUAGAUUCCAUAUUACAAUGUUUUUCACUUAUUAGAUUGAAAGGAACCAAAUAUCCCCUACAUUCAUAUUGCUGUCUCUAGCAAGUUUUAGAUCACAGUUUUCAUAAAAAAACCUUGUAAAUCUAGACUCUUCCGCUUGUUCUGAUAGUGGUACUAUCUCACA